AUGGGUGCCAGACCUCCGUCAUUGACUGAGAGUGUAACCGAUUAUCCUGUCGAGAAUGGAAGAAGGUAUCACAGGUACCACGAGGGAGCCUAUGUAUACCCCAAUGAUGAAAGGGAAUUGGAUCGCCUUGAUAUGCAACACCACAUGUUCAAAAUGGCGACGGACGGGAAGUUAUUCCAUGUCCCCCUCCAGGACCCAAAAAGAUACUUGAUAUUGGCACUGGCUCAGGGAUAUGGCCAAUAG